UCGGGCGAAAUCGUCAGCAAUUACAUGCAGUUAGCGACGUACAAAGAACAGGCCCCUGUUCCUUACUUUGUUUGUUAUUUAAGUAGGAUCACCGUUAAUUACAUUAUUAAACUCUGUUCUUAAAAUGCCCCGCGAAUGUGUCCGUAUGAUUAGUUCAUAGGCACUUUUAAAAUGAUACCGUAAACUUUUAGACGAUUAUUUAUGGCUGUAUUUUGAACAGAACCAUCAUCCUGCGCUUUGCUGUCGUUUCUCCGGACCGCCCACUGUGCACAAGCGACCAAUCACAGCCCAACGCGGUCCAAUGAUGUUUCAAACGGUGCCCGCGCCAUUUUGGUAGGCAAAGCGGAGCUCAGAACAAGAGUAGUGCAGUUCAGGAUUUCUUUAGCACAAUGGUAAUAACCUGUGCUGUGAGGGGUUGUCGUAGCCGCUCCUCGGGUGGUGUCAAAGUGAGCUUUUUUAGAAUACCGCGGGUGAGAACACGCGAAGGAGAGGAAACUAGAGCACUUUGUGAAAGGAGACGGGCUACGUGGCUAGCCAGAAUAAACAGGAGUAAUGUGAAGAUCUCCGACGGCUGCAGAGUGUGCUCGGAUCACUUCGUCCAAGGUAGACCAAGUUACCUUCAUGAUGAAAAAAAUCCUGACUGGGCACCGUCAGUUAAGUUGGAACUAAAGGACGCUCACAGCCAAUCAAACUUAAGCAGAUAUCAGGGAGCCAAAAAUAAACAGACUUUAGGAAAAUGUGAAAAACUUGUACUAGAGGCAUCUGCUGUGAAAGAAGGCACUGAACGGUCAUGCAUUAGAGCUACAUGUGAGUCAGUGUCCUGCGAAAAUGAUUUUCAGACAGAGACCUGUGAUUCUGACACUGAUGCUGCAUCGUUAAUAUCCACAGACAGCACGGAGACUAAGGAGAGCCUCAAAACUCAACUGAAACCCUUACAGGAGAAGAUGAGAAUCUUACAGGAGUUUCAGCAAACCUUGCAUCAAACUGCAGAACGCAUUAAGAUUCAGGCUAAAUGCACAGAGAAGCAGAUUAAGGAGAAUUUUGUCAAACUUUACCAGUUGUUAUCUAAUGAAGAGGCAGCGAGGAUAAAAGCGCUGAGAGAGGAAGAAGAGCAAAAGAGCCGGACACUGAGAAAGAAGAUUAUGAGGAUGAGAAAAGAGAUGUCCUCUCUUUCUGCCACAAUCUCAGCUGUAGAGGAGGAGAUGAAAGCUGAAGAUACUUUAUUCACACAAAACUAUGAUGCCACGCUGAAAAGGUUUGUUUCGUUCCUCUUCUGUUGUUCUGAACCCAGACCCACAGCGUCACUGAAUACUGAGUGUUUUUCCAGAGUUUCCCAGUGUAAAGCACCGGAUCCGGAGGACAUUUCUGGAGUUCUGAUCAACGUGCCGAAACACCUGAGCAACCUGAAGUUCACUGUGUUACAGAAGAUGCAGAAAACUGUUGAUUACACUCCCGUGACCUUUGACCCCAACAGCGCUCACUGUAAUCUCAUCGUGUCUGAGGAUCUGACCAGUGUGAGAUACAGCGAUGAGGAACAGACUCUUCCUGACAAUCCGGAGCGCUUCGACAUGUUUGCGUGUGUUCUGGGCUCAGAGGGCUUUGACUCUGGCUCUCGCUGCUGGGACGUCGAGGUCGGAGACAGUACAGGCUGGUUCCUGGGAGUGAUGAGCGAAUCUGCUCAGAGGAGGAAUAAAAUCUUCUCAAGGAGUGGAAUCUGGCUGGUGGGUCAUUUCUGUGGUGAAUAUAAAGCACACGAACCUCCACGAUCUCCAGCUCUCCUCCCGGUGAAAGAGAAACUGCAGAGGAUCAGAGUUCAGCUGCACUGGGACACUGGAAAGCUGUCCUUCUCUGACCCUCUUACUGACACACACAUACACUCUUUCACACACACCUUCACUGAAACAUUAUUUCCGUUUUUCGGUGUUGGCUGUGACAUUUCUCCUCUGCUCAUCUUACCUGUAAAAAUGACCGUAAUAGAGCCAAAUUAAUAGUAAAAUUGUUUGUCUAUUAAGAUUAUGAAUUGAUGCAUAUUACCACUUUCAGUAACUUGAAAUAAAAAUGUCUGCAGUUAUUUUCUGAUUUUGACUUUUUUUCAUUCAUGUAGCAAAGAUGUGAGAAUGAUCUGUAUGUGCAGAGAAUAAAUUAAUUUCAAUAUUUAUUACCUUGCUGAGAAAACAUGUAUGUGUGAGUUUCAUAUUAACAUCCUAAGAUUUAUAUCUACAUAAUCCGGAUAGUGUAAUUUCUAAAUGUCUAAAACCAUGGA